AUGACUAUGACUACUAUUGAUACAUUUCAAACAAACUGUACACUUAUUCUUUCCUCUCUUCCAAGCGACGUGUGUUACAACGAUAUUAUAAACACCUUUCAAAAAGAUGUGAAUUCAAUUAAAAGUAUCGAACUUAAAGGCUCAACCAUAUCGAUCGUUUUUCAUGACCACUUUACUCCGCUCAGAAUUUAUCAGACUAGAACAUCAUACAGAGUUAAAAAUGAGCCAAUCCAAAUAUAUUGGAAGCUUUCAAAAAAAGAGAUUGCUUCAAUAGAAUAUACCUACGCCUUUUUUGGUCUGAAACCCGAGUCUACAGAUAUGUCCGUUCAAGUCUGUUUGGGUGAGUAUGUUCAAAUCAAAUCAUUUCAUUUGAUUUGUAAUAAAUGUGGUGUCUAUUCCAUCAUCAAAUUUAGCACGUCUGAAGAUGUCGAGAAUGUCUUCAAGAACUAUUCUGAAAUCAAAGAAAAAAUUGGCACCGAGAAAUUUAGUAUUAAACAUUACAAAAAGGAGACAGAGACAGAGAAAUGUUUGGAAGUGAUAAUAAAAAACAUCCACCACGACUUAAUUGCAAAUUCGGAAUUUUUCGAGUACUUCAAUUCGUUUGGAAACAUCAAAAAUUUCAACCUCUCGGAAAUCAACCCAAAGUUCAACGACAAAAUGUUGUAUGUGGAGUAUUUCGAAGAAAAUGACGCGAAAACUUUUAUUAAAGAAGUUGAUGGGAAUGAUGUCUUUAAUUGUGACAUGCCCCUUUCAGCCAGUUUUGUAAGAAAGAAUGACACCAUCACAAUGGUUAACAACACAGACUACAAGAGAAAAGGCGUUGAAAACAGUUCGAAAAACAACAAUUUAUUUUUAUAUUAA